AUGGUCUGCAUUACAGAGACUUGGUUAUCUCCUGCAAUUCCUGACAAUUUGGUAUUUUUGUCCAAUUUCAAUCUGUUUAGGAACGAUAGACUGGUUUCAAACGGCGGAGGUGUUUGUGCCUACAUAAAUAGCAAUAUCUAUUGUAGACGAAUUGAGGAAUUUGAAAACUCUUCGAUUGAAUCACUGUGGUUAUCAGUGAGACCAAAGAAGCUACCCCCCUCUGUCUCGGUUAUCUUACUGGCUGUUGUUUACCAUUCAACAGCAUCCCGCCAAACUGAAAAUGUAGAAUUGUAUUCACACAUUCAAACCAAUGUGGACUCAUUUUUAUAUUCCCACCCUGAAGCUUUGGUCCUAAUUACGGGCGACUUCAAUUUUAGAAGCACGGGUCUCGAUGCAAACCAUCUUAAAAGAAUUGCUGGUCUGACGCAGGUAGUCAAGGUAGCUACCAGAGCUGAUGUAACUUUAGACUGGUGUUUAACCAACUCAAAGGUGGAUAAUAUUUACGAAUCAAUCCAACUUCCUCCCAUUGGAACCAGUGAUCAUUAUACGAUUCUUAUGAAAGCCCAACCUUCUCCCUCAAAGCCAGACAAUUCACAUAUAUGGAAACGCGAUCUCAGAGAUAGCAGGAUACGGCCUUUUGGACGAUAUAUCACUACAUUUGACUGGUCUCCUAUCUUGGACAUACAUGACUGUGAUACAAAAUAUGAAAAGUUUAACGAUACAAUGACUGUGAUGAUUGAAAAAUUCUUUCCCUUGGAACGGAUUAAAGUACGAAAGUGUGAUAAGCCUUGGAUGACGUCAUCAAUAAAGUCUGCUAUUAGGAGACGCCAAAAAGCCUUACACGAAAGCGGGAAAAAUUCAGAUAUUUAUAAAUAUUGGCGUAACAGAGUCCAAUCAUGCAUUAAAGUUGCACGAAAGAUCUACUAUAUGAGGUCAGUUGAGAAAUUGAAAAAUUCUAACCCGGCAAGAUGGUGGAAAGAAGUGAAAGCCAUUGGUGGUCUCUCGUCAAAAAAUUCUUGGUAUUCUCAGCUAUUUUCUGAUGAUGUUCGGAAUUGUGAAGAACUGGCCGAAAAUUUUAAUAACUUUCUUACUGCCCUUACAUCACAUUUUGACCCUCUAACUCUCGACGAAAUCCAGGAGGGCCUAGAAGUACCAAACCAUUACCUCGUUGACGCCCAACAGAUCUAUAUGAAACUUAGUAAAAUUAAAACCACAAAAUCACCGGGUCCUGACAUGUUUCCAAAUAAAAUCCUGAAAACAUUUGCCUUUGAGCUUGCCCCAGUUAUCUCAGACAUUUUCAACUCAUCCAUGACCCAAGGCACCUUCCCAAAGGCAUUGAAGAGAUCUAUUGUAGUGCCUGUCCCUAAGGUAUCACCCCCAAAGAGUAUUGAAGACGACCUACGACCAAUAUCUUUAACAUCUCAGAUCGCCAAAGUUAUGGAGGAUUGUACUUUGGACAAUUUUUUUUCCUGA